UCGUUUUCUAGCUUCUGAGCGUGAAGUCGGUUCCAAGCUUCUGAGCGUGAACCCGCAGAGAUGAACCCUUUAACUAAAGUUAAGCUGAUCAACGAGCUGAAUGAGCGUGAGGUCCAGCUGGGGGUAGCGGAGAAGGUGUCUUGGCACUCCGAGUACAAGGACAGCGCCUGGAUUUUCUUGGGAGGGCUUCCUUAUGAGCUGACUGAAGGAGACAUCAUCUGUGUGUUCUCACAAUAUGGCGAAAUUGUUAACAUUAAUCUGGUACGGGACAAGAAGACUGGGAAAUCCAAAGGAUUCUGUUUCCUCUGCUAUGAAGACCAGAGGAGCACAAUUCUGGCUGUUGACAAUUUUAAUGGGAUCAAGAUCAAAGGAAGAACUAUCCGAGUGGAUCAUGUGUCUAACUAUCGGGCUCCUAAGGACUCAGAAGAAAUGGAUGAUGUGACCAGAGAGCUGCAAGAGAGGGGCUGUGGGGCUCACACUCCCUCACUGAGUUCAUCUGAGGGCUCUGAAGAUGGCAAACCCACCAGAAAACACAAAAAUGAGAGAAAGGAAAAAAAGAAAAGAAAGAAAGACAAAGAGAAGACUGACCAGGAGAUACAGGCAGAGCAGCCAGCCUCCUCUUCAUCACCCAGAAGCAAGAUGAUAAAGGAAAAGGAUGACCCUGGCUCUAAGAAGCACAGUGGCAAGAACUCAGAGAGGGGUCAGAAGUCAGAGUCCAGGGAGGUGCGGAAGCCCCACCCCAGCUCCCCUGAGAUCAGGACGACCUGCCGUGGUGGAACAGAGGACCGAGAGAGGGAGCCGAGGAAGGAGAAGCCCAAGCAUGAGCACAAGUCAUCAAGCAGGAGGGAGGAGAGAGUAGACAAGAGCAGAGAUAGAGACAGAGGUCGAAGCUCAGACGCACACUGCAGCUGGUACAGUGGGCGCUCUGAGGGGCAUAGUCACAGAAGUAGAAGUCGUAGUCAAGAUAAAUCCCACAGGCAUAAAAGGGCCCGGCACUCCUGGGACCGGGAGUCCUCUAAUCCUAGUGACCACAGGCAUCACUGAAGCCACAGCCUGUGAAUUGGAAAUGAACUGUGUUUUUAAAAUACAGUGAAAUUCAGUUAUGCUUUUAUUAUUUCUAUAUGUAAAAUAUCUGAGGAUGAGUUCUUUUAAUCCCUUGAGUGUUAGAAUGAUAGAGAGAGCUGUAGUUUUUAACAGCUAAAUGUCCUGGAUUUUUGAGCAAAAUCCAUUGUCCCUGGAAGUAUACUUGGUACUUUUGGUACUUAACCAGAGUAUGUAUCCUAAAUUUGGGUUCAUAAAUAUGGCCCUUGAAUUUGUGACCCCAAUUUAUGAUGAAAUGGCCAGGAAGGGGAAAUACCAGGCAAUUCUAGAAUUCCAGUCUUUGUGAGAUAUUUAGAACCCUUGCAGUAACCUUUCCAGUUGGCAGGUAUAACCAUAGAGUAGAGAAGUGUGGCUUCACUACGCUCAGACAGCUUGCUGUGAAUGUGGUUCAGAUGUCGAGCCAUUUGUUCCAGGUUCUAACCAGCAUUAUCUAGAGAAGUUUGAUGUACUGAUGAAGAAUGUGCGAUAAUGUGACUAGAAGGCAUGUGAAGUAUUUUUAAUAUAGCAUCUACAAUAUCUUGAGCUACCAUAUGGAUUUCUGACAGAGAACAUCUGGUCCAUCCAUUCUUGAUGUGACAGAUCUUGUGGUUUUCCUGAGAAGAUGAUUUUGACGGUGCCACUGGUUGCCCUAUUGACCUGUCAGAUGCCUCUACACAGGGCUCUGCCUGAACCAUCUUACUUGUUUCAUAUAGAAAUGUUUCACAGCAUGUGCUACAGCAACUCUCACUAUCAGAAGAGAGGGUAGAGUCAUCAGGCAUUGGAGCUGACUUUAGGCUGCAGGUGGCAGCCUCAGCCUCAAUCCCAUUCCUGGACACUGAGAUAUGGCCCUAAGAGUUCCUGCAAGGGACCUAUAUAAGGAAGCUGGAUUCCCUGACUACGAAUGUCUUCUUGUAAAGGUUGGAGGCAAAUGGGAAGCCAGUAUUCUCUAAUUCCAGGCCAGAAGUGAACCAGAAG